ACCUGUCACCGAGCUGGAGUUCAGCAGUCGACGGGAGAGCAGUCGGAUCGCAAGAGCAAUAAAUUGAUCCCCGAUAGAUCGAUCGCUACCCGCCAAUCCGGCAGCCAUCUUAGGAGUGGACAAGUGCCUUCUAUACAUUCAGAAUGAGUACUUUGCCUCCUGUGCUGAUACAGUGUCCAAAGAGAUAUCCCAGCCUCGUAGAGCAGAUGGUUUGCCCUUCAAUAAAACUUGCAAGGAUUCAUUUGAUCAAAGACAAAGAUGCCAUAGAUCAUUAUUUGGCGAUGAAUAUCAAAGGGUUGUCAAAACAAGAGGCUGCUGCUUACAGGAAUUCAUACAAGAAGAACAUCUGCAUAGACAUGCUGCGACAGGGUUAUCACAAGUCCUUCUCUGAGCUCUUCACUCUGAUACAGAAGUGGAAUGCCUUGAGGGAGGCUGCAGGGCCUGGGUCAGCCAUAUGGCAGCAGAAGUCCCUGGAGGAGCAGCCUGAUAAGCUGGAUCAGCUUCACCAUUUCCUGACCAGGGCUGAGGCAGCCCAACGAGCAGAGUACUAUGAGGAGGUGUACAAUAACCAACUUAAGUUGGCCUACUGCUUCAACAACACUGAGGACAAAUGGUUAAGGAAUUACUUUUAUGAACAAUGUCUUAGCACUGCUCAGUUGAUCAAAAUCGAUGGUGGGAAAAAAGAGGCUGAAGCACAUGCAAAUAUGGGCCUUGUCAAUGAGGAACAAGGUCUGUUCAUGAAAGCUGCUGAGCAUUAUGAAACAUUCCAUCAAUUGACACUGGGACGGAUGUGGAAUGAUGAGACAGGUCAUACUUACAACUCACUGGCCUGUGAGCAUCUCUGGAGAAUUUACACAUUACUAGCAGACAAAAUGCUAGAAAAUAAAGAACACCAACAGGCCAUCAAAACUCUAAUAAAAGCUUUUGAAAUGGCAAAAAAAGGAGGUGAUAAGAAGAUGGAAGGAGAAGCUGCCUAUUGCUUAGGGCUAGCUUAUCAUUCUGCUGGAGAAGAACAGACAGCAAUAAUAACUCUGAACACCUACAAAGAAAUCUCCACAGAACUUUGUGAUAUUGUUGGCCUAGGCCGAGCAUAUCAAGCUAUAGCCAAGGUCCUGGUAAGUCAAGUAAAAGUGACUGAGGCUAUUGAGUACUUGGAAAAGUUUGUGACAGUUGCCAAGAGUGCUCAGCUAAGCCGAAGUCUAGUGGAUGCAUGCAUAUCCCUUGGAGAUAUUUACAAUGAAAGAGGGAACUACUACAAAGCCUGUGAAUAUUUCAAUCAGGCUUUUGAGGCAGCAAACACUCUAACUGACUUGCCCCUGGUGGAUGAAACGAAGGUUUAUUACGGCAUCGCAAAAGCUCAUAACAUGAUGGUGGCAGUUAACAGUCAUACAGACGCUGCAGAUCACGUCAACAUUGAGUACCUGCUGGCAUGGAAGGAGAAUAGAAGUGACAUGUGCACUGACCCUUUUACAGUUGAGCUUGCUAAAGACACAAGUGGUGUUUUGGAGACCAAUGAACUAUUUCUGCAGACCCCAGUUCAAGAACCUCUAUGAGAAUUCCAGCUCACUCAGAAAAAAAGCUUUGAACCCUUUUGAUGAAGUCAAGAAGAUCCUUGUUAGAAAAUAUGCAGAAAAACGUUUGCGUUUCAGCUUGUAAUUUUAAAAGGAGCACAGAGUUGUUGUGCAAGCGCCCAGCAACAUUAGGCCCUUGUCUGACUGGUAUCAGGUUCAAUAUGUGUCGCAAAGUUUUUUAUCUUAACUAUCCUGCAUUGUUGAAAUAAAAUACAAAAGGAAUG